UAUUUGGUGGGAAAAUUUUUUAUGAAAAGAAAACGGAAUUAAUUCUGUAAUUGAUUUUUUUUUCGUUUGUUGCAUUUGAAUCUUAGGAUUUCGCGGGGAUUUUAUUUAAUCGAUCAUCAGCUGAUUAGUGCAUGUGGUAAAGCGCUUGGAGUAGUGAACGCAGGGUUUCUUGUUUAUAUAGAGAUUUUCCUGUUUUUAAUUAGUGAAUAAUUGGGGAAAUGAGCAAAAAGGGGAGAGGAAAGCAGGGGGACCUUGGAAAAGCGCUUCUUCGAGAUCGUUUCGGAGUGAACAGGUCGAAACGUGGGGCUAAAGAGGGUUCAUUGCUCCACACAUCAGACAUAAAUGACGGUUAUCAAUGGGACCGUUUGAAUCUCUCCUCAGUGACAGAGGAGAGUUCCUUCCAGGAGUUCCUGUCGACAGCUCAGCUGGCAGGCACCGAAUUCCACGCCGAGAAGCUCAACAUCAAAUACGUGAAUCCCCAGAGUGGAAUUGGAAUUCUAUCGGAGAGUGAAAGAUCAGCGCUCCUGGAGUUGCAUAAAUCGAAUGAGUCCCUGCUGAAGAUCCCCAGGAGGCCGAAGUGGGACGCCCACACGAGUGCUCACGAGCUCCAGACGAAGGAGAAAGAGGACUUCCUGGAGUGGAGAAGACAAUUGGCUCUUCUCCAAGAGGCCCAGGGGCUCACACUGACUCCAUAUGAGAAGAAUCUGGAGUUCUGGAGGCAACUCUGGAGGGUCGUCGAGAGGAGUGACAUCAUCGUCCAGAUCGUCGACGCCAGGAAUCCUCUUUUGUUCCGUUGCGAAGACCUCGAGAAGUACGUGAAGGAGAUUGACGAGCACAAGAGGAACGUCAUCCUCGUGAAUAAGGCAGAUUUCUUGACCCAGAGCCAGCGAAUCCUGUGGACUGAAUAUUUUACCAAUAUCGGGGUGAGGAUUGCAUUUUUUUCGGCUACAGAGGCCGCUGAGUCAAUCAAGUCUCAAAUUCCUGGAGGAGAGGUGAUUAGAAACAGAAAGAGGAGUUCGAGGAUUUCUGAGAGUUUCCAGGAAGAUUUAUGCACUCCUGAGAACGAAGAGGGUAAGGAUGAUGAAGAGGAUGAAGAGGAUGAGGAGGACGAGGAGUCCUCUUAUUGCUCAGACUUUGCCUCCGGUAGUGAAUAUGAGAGUGCCAACGAGGAUUUGACUAACGGAAACUCUCAAGAAGAGGAAAUUCCUGAUGAAAAACCAAAAGAUUUUUCCAAUUCUCCAGCGCUGUUAUGUCGAGAUAAAUUGAUCGAAUUUUUCAAAUCUAUGGGGAAGGACUUGAAGAAAUACACUGAGGGGGUGACGACCGUGGGACUGGUGGGAUAUCCCAAUGUGGGGAAGAGCAGUACGAUAAAUGCUAUUUUGAUGGACAAGAAGGUCUCGGUUUCUGCCACUCCAGGAAAGACCAAACACUUUCAGACACUUUUCGUGGAUAAAGAGCUGAUGCUGUGUGACUGUCCAGGCCUGGUGAUGCCCAGUUUUGUCUGCACCAAAGCAGAAAUGGUGCUCAAUGGUAUUUUACCCAUUGACCAGCUGAGAGACCAUGUGCCUGCUGUCACACUCCUGGCGACGCUUAUUCCAAGACAUGUGCUGGAAGAUAUUUAUGGCAUCAUGAUACCCAAACCUGGGGAUGGGGAGGACCCCGAGAGGCCCCCCACGUCUGAGGAGCUGCUCAAUACUUAUGGAUAUUAUCGAGGAUUUAUGACGCAAAAUGGACAACCAGACAAUCCCAGAUCAGCUCGUUAUCUCCUCAAGGACUUUGUGAAUGGCAAGCUUCUGUACUCUGUGGCUCCACCAACGCAGAAUCAAGAGACAUUCCACUCAUUCCCUCUCAGACGAAAGCCCAUUCCUGACACCAGAGCUCUUCCCCCGAGGCAGGUUCGAGCUAGUCGAGGGGUUGCGGUGAACACCGAGGAGAUGGACAGAAUGUUCUUUCAGGGGAACAACAGUGGAGUCCACGUGAAGGGACGCCCAGGAUCUGCCAAGGUACAACCAGAAAACCUCGGGGACAAGCCCUGGAAGAAGAUGAAUAAGCAUGGGAAUAAGAAGAAACGAGAGAAGACUAGGAGGCUCUACGCACACCUGGACCAACACUAAAAUAAUCCAGUGUUGAUUAAUUGAGAUAAAUUCAUGUUUUUUCUACUGUGAUGUAUAUAUUUCUUCCUCCCUCAUUUUCCUUAAUCCAGAAGCAAGAAUUUGGUAAUAAAUAAAAUCAAUUAUAGCUCCUUCUCCAUUUA